AUGGAGAUGUUAGAUAAAGCUGUGGUGAAUAGAAAAUUAAAAACCAGCCAGCUGUAUUUUCAGUUGGUUAAUAAGGAAAAGGUUCCUUCUGCUUCAGUUAUCUGGUGUAAUUUGUCCUUGCCCAAACAUAAGUUUAUUCUUUGGCAAGCUUCCUUGAGGCAUCUAUUAACCAGGGACAACUUAUUAAGGUGCCAUCUGCAGCUUACUUCUUAUCUAUGUCCAAUCUGUGAAGUUCAACAGGAGUGUCAUGAGCACUUAUUUUUUCAAUAUCAGUUUGCUCAACAGGUGAGGAAUCGUGUUGCUAGUUGGCUGGGCAGUGAGGUUUGGCCUGAGUGUUUUCAUGAAUGGAUUAACUGGAUGGAGGGGAAGCCGAAGGGAAUUCAACAGAAGGUCGUUGCUGGUGGUUUAGCAGCCUCUGUUUAUCUGGUUUGGUGGAACAGAAACCAAUGCUUGUUUAACUCCUUUUCUGUUUCUGUUAGUAAGACUGUAUCUCAGGUACAAGAGUGUGUAAGGGCUAGAGUUUCUAUUUUGUCUCAGGCUAAGCUGAAGAGUAAAAAAAUUGUCUUUCUUAAAAAACUGAAUUUACUGUAA